AUGUCGGAAAUCAUUCUCACUCAAACGACGCAGUCACAGAAGCACAACGAGGCCCUGCACCGGAAGGAUGCGGAAAACGAGGCGCGUCAGGCGUCGGUGAAAGACCGUGAGCGGGCGGUGGAGGGGCGCGAGCGGGAGUUGGACGAGCGGGUACUGGCACUCAAAGAGCGGACCGAGCUUAUCCGCGGGGAGAUGCACAUGCUCGUGGCGGAGCGCGACUUGCUGGCGAGGGAGCGGGAUGCGGCACGGGAGGCGCUCCAGCAGCGGGACAGCGACGUUGCGGCCGCUAAUAGCGCACUCUAUACGCUGCUGCGGGAACACGAGGAACUCAAGAAGACACAUCGCCCGCAGUGCCCUGAAAGCAAUGACAGUCUGCCAGAAGGGAGCAUUCGAGAAGUUGUCGAACAGACCUCCCCUGAGGCCGUCCCGCCGGUCUUGAAGGCGCCAUCGAGCCACCCAACGACCAAUGACCCCCUCCAGUUGCACCUCCCCGCCCUGCAGCAACUCCUCUCUCCGUUCCAACAACUUCAAGCGCUACUUCCGCACGACCUUCGCGCGGCGCUCACUGCCGACUCGGAAGACCCCACCGCGGAAACCCAUUCCUAUAGUUCGAUCAUGAUGCCGUUGACAAGACCCCAGGUCUCAACGUCCGUUUCUCAGAUUGGUUAUACUUCCUCCGAGUCCGAGUCUCUGUCGUCGAUUUCCCCAGACUCGGAGCAGCCUGCCCUGUCCCCUUUCACAGAACAUCACAACGAACUUGAUUCCAAGAGCGAAACUAGGUCUAUCUCCCUCCCCGAUGACUUGGCUGAUGUGUUGCGGGAAUCGCCCGUCGAUGAUUGUUCGUCGCUGGCAAUUUCGGCGCCGUUCUCUGCUAUGAGCAACCAAACUCAGAAUACCGUGACACCAGGUUCGCCUGAUUCAAGUUCACCGAAGAUGCCACCUCCGACCGGUUCUGCCGCCGGAGCCUUCCGUCCUCGUGUAGCCCCGCUGGCGGAACGCAAGAUCUACCUGGACUUCAUGGCGCAGUUUCUUCGUCCGUCCACACGGCCGUCAUUCGAGAAAAACAUUGGCCGCGUGGCAGGCAACUUGAACAAUCAUCGGGCCACGGCCAUGCUGCGCUCGCUCGACAAGAGGCCAUCCAGACCGCCACUUUACCUGCCGCAUCGCACUCUGUGGUGCACCAAGGAGAAGCUGCAUGCGCUGUGCUUCGAGCCGACGAUGGUCUACAGCCAGGCCGCGGGCGAGUGGUCGGCGAAUGAGUCGGUGCAGCGCCUGUGCGGGACAGAAGUGGACCUGUUUGUCCUUGACGAGUCGGACAUGUACUAUGCGGGCGUCUACUUCGUCCACGACAUGAGCGCGCUGCACCCACCGGGGUCCAUUCUCCCGCGUGAUAUUUCGUUCACCGCGACCAUGCGCGCGAUGGGGCUGGAGCGCCUGCGCCUCGGCGGGCGGGAGCCCGACUACGAGCUGCUGACCGAGAAGCUUGCGGAGGUGUUUGCGGACCGGAGGCCGCGGACGGCUUGUUUCGGGCUGCAGUGUGUGGGUUUCGACGGGGAGCUCUAUCGGACCUUGCGGGAUAAGCUCCGCGGCCGGGAGCGGGGCGUGCGGCCCGGUAGACCGCUUGUCGACGCGGCGGAGUCGCCCGUUCAACGGCCGGCGCGCAGGGCAUCCAGUGGGUAUCGCCGCAGGCUGGAAGAUGAGGAUGGAGGUGGGGAUGUUGUCAGUGAGGAGGCACGGGAGGCGAAGCGCCAGCGGCGAUAG